AGAUGUGGCACCAGUGUUCCUGGAGCCAGUGACGAACGUGACGGUGUCGGUAAGUGACGCCUCCUCGCCUGCACCGUGGACCAUCUGGGACAACACAAGGUGGCGUGGAUACACCUGGACAGGAAGAUGAUCGUAUCCAUCCACAACCACGUGAUCACUCGACAAUCUCGCUUCUCUGUGACACACGACUCCCACAAGACCUGGACUCUUCAUGUGACCGGGGUCUUGGAGGAGGACAGAGGUCAUUACAUGUGCCAGGUCAACACGGCGCCCAUGAUCAGCCAAACUGGUUACCUUCAAGUAGUAGUGCCGCCAAACAUCGUCGACAAGGCCAGCAGUAAGAGCAACAUCGUGGUGCGGGAGAAGGAGAAUGUCACCCUGAAGUGUCGCGGCGAUGGCUUCCCGGCACCCCAGAUCAAGUGGCGCAGGGAGGACAGCAAGCCAAUAGAAACCUCAGAUGGACGAAAAGUGCACCAGGUGGACGGGCCUACACUAAGGGUGAGGCAGGUGAGUCGGACACACAUGGGUGCCUACCUGUGUAUCGCUACCAAUGGCGUCCCACCUUCUGUCAGCAAGAGAAUCACCUUAGAUGUGGAAUUCGCUCCUCAGAUGCACGUACCUAACCAGCUGGUAGGGGCACCACUGGGCACGGAGGUCCACCUUGAAUGCUUCGUCGAGGCUCACCCACGGGCUAUCACCUAUUGGGAAUAUCGUGACGCCAUGGUGAUGAAUACUUCUCGAGUCACCACACACACAUUGGAGGAUAAUUACAAGAUCCAUAUGGUUCUCAAUAUACGCAAUCUUCAGGAGGGAGACUUCGGUAUGUAUAAAUGUAUCUCUAAGAACUCCAUCGCUGAGACUGACGGAUCCAUCACUCUUAAUAAGACUUACCGGCCGACCACACCUCCCCAGACCAAGUUACACCGCCCCGGCCACGACGAAGACGACCACACGUACCAGACACGACCCGGCAGGAAGAACUCACAGAGGAAACAUGAUAUGGAAUCAUCGAGGAGGCUGGAGGAGGAGAAGGAGGAAGAAGAGAGACGGCGUGAAGAGGACAGGAGGAGGAACCAGGAACGAGAGAGGAAGAGACUGGAGCAUGACUAUAAAAGAGGUCACAGGAAUGAACAGGCCACACGGGUCACACAUGCUCCAGCUGGUGUUAGUGGUGGUGGCUCCCUGUUGGCCACGCCCCUAGCCGCCUCCUGCCUCCUCGCCUACAUGAUUGCUUUAUUUCUUUACCAUUAACAGCUGGUUAUCACCGUAGUUGUUUGCUUGUUUGCUUGCAUUAUGUACGCUAAAGGUCUCCCCUUAUCUUCAGUACACUUUACGGGUAAUUUUAAGUGGAAUCACAUAAUCAUGUCUUUAUUUGUGUAUAUAUGGACCAUAAAUAUAUAUAUCAACAAUCUGUAUAACUAGCUGUGUAAGAUCUAAGUGUAAUACAUUGAGUGUAAAUAAAAUGUUGUUUGAA